UCGAUUGUAAUUUUAUGGAAUGUCUAAAGAAAGCGUAGCUUGUGAUUCUGCAAUGUAGCUUUUGAAAUAUUGGCGAUCUGUCACUUUGCUAGACGUUCGAAUGGAAAUAUAAGGUUGGCAAAAAGUUGUGGGACCAAAGGUUGUUUUUCUGUGCAUGGACGGAAAGCCAAUGCGCAGGGGUACAAGUGCACGCCCAGACAAUACCGGAAUGGACAUCACCGCACGCUGCACACUGGGUGACCCCAACAAGCUCCCGGAGGGUGUGCCCCAGCCGGCACGCAUGCCCUAUGUGUCGGACAAGCACCCUCGCCAGACGUUAGAGGUCAUCAAUCUGCUACGCAAGCACAGGGAACUGUGUGAUGUCGUGUUGGUGGUUGGCGCCAAAAAGAUAUAUGCCCACCGGGUGAUCCUGUCGGCCUGCAGCCCUUACUUCAGGGCCAUGUUCACAGGCGAGCUGGCUGAGAGUCGGCAGACUGAGGUUGUGAUCCGGGACAUUGACGAGCGGGCCAUGGAGCUUCUCAUUGACUUUGCCUACACUUCGCAGGUUACUGUAGAGGAGGGCAACGUGCAGACGCUGCUGCCCGCCGCUUGUCUGUUACAACUGGCCGAGAUUCAGGAAGCUUGCUGCGAGUUUCUCAAGCGUCAGUUGGACCCCUCCAAUUGCCUGGGUAUCCGUGCAUUUGCUGACACCCACUCCUGCCGCGAGCUACUGAGGAUAGCUGACAAGUUUACACAGCACAACUUUCAAGAGGUGAUGGAGAGUGAGGAGUUCAUGCUGCUUCCAGCCAACCAGCUGAUAGACAUUAUCUCCAGCGAUGAACUGAAUGUGCGAAGUGAAGAGCAGGUUUUCAACGCAGUCAUGGCCUGGGUUAAGUACAGCAUUCAGGAGCGCCGGCCACAGCUGCCACAGGUCCUCCAGCAUGUUCGUCUUCCUCUUCUGAGCCCUAAAUUUCUGGUGGGAACGGUGGGAUCAGACCCCCUCAUCAAAAGUGAUGAGGAGUGCAGAGACCUGGUUGAUGAGGCAAAGAACUACCUCCUCUUGCCCCAAGAGCGACCUCUAAUGCAAGGGCCAAGAACACGGCCCCGGAAGCCCAUCCGGUGUGGAGAAGUGCUGUUUGCAGUUGGAGGGUGGUGCAGUGGGGAUGCCAUUUCCAGUGUGGAGCGAUAUGACCCACAGACCAACGAGUGGCGCAUGGUGGCUUCCAUGAGUAAGAGGCGCUGUGGAGUGGGGGUCAGUGUCCUUGAUGAUCUUCUCUAUGCUGUCGGCGGCCAUGACGGGUCCUCAUAUCUCAACAGUGUGGAAAGGUAUGACCCCAAGACCAAUCAGUGGAGUAGUGAUGUGGCUCCCACCAGCACGUGCAGGACCAGUGUGGGUGUGGCUGUCCUGGGAGGGUAUCUGUACGCAGUAGGGGGCCAAGAUGGAGUAUCGUGUCUCAACAUUGUUGAAAGAUAUGACCCCAAGGAGAACAAAUGGACACGCGUGGCCUCGAUGAGCACCAGGCGCCUGGGUGUAGCUGUGGCUGUACUGGGGGGCUUCCUCUAUGCAGUGGGAGGCUCUGAUGGCACGUCCCCUCUCAAUACAGUGGAGAGGUACAAUCCGCAAGAGAACCGCUGGCACACCGUCUCUCCCAUGGGCACCAGGAGGAAACACCUAGGCUGUGCAGUGUACCAGGACAUGAUCUACUCUGUAGGCGGUCGUGACGACACCACCGAGCUGAGCAGUGCCGAGCGCUACAACCCCAGGACCAACCAGUGGUCACCUGUUGUAGCCAUGACUUCAAGACGUAGUGGGGUUGGACUAGCGGUGGUAAAUGGUCAGUUAAUGGCUGUGGGCGGCUUUGAUGGGACAACAUAUCUUAAAACAAUAGAGGUCUAUGAUCCUGACGCUAACACAUGGAGACUCUACGGUGGAAUGAACUACAGGCGACUUGGAGGAGGGGUUGGUGUUAUCAAAAUGACUCACUGUGAAUCCCACAUAUGGUAACGCCACCAGUUUAAAGGACUCACCGUCGCUUGUGCCUCUGAAAGAAACAUUGUUUAUCGUGCAAGGAAGGAAGACUAUAUUAACUUUAACUCGUCCACAGCCGUGUAAUUGGCAAGCCAAGGAAAUGUCUUGAGUGACUACAAGAUGUGUCAAGUCUGGAAGGCUUCUCAUCUAGUAGUCUAUGGUUCAUCUCUCUAUUCUGUACUUCCUGUAUUAUGACUUGACACGCCAAGCCAGCCAAGGCCAAGAGGAACCAACUGAAUAGGCCUGCAUCAAUCACAUGAGGAACUAUUAUUUAUGACAUCACUGCGGCAAACACUUAAUUUCCCCUUUUUCUGUUACUGAAAUGGAAUGAUGCAGCUGCACUUUAGGAUACAGUUCAGAAUUUUGCUGUGUGACCUGUUAUACUAUACCAACAUUGAGUUUACAUUUAAAUAUUAAAUGGGGCAUGACGAAGAAUCGUCAAAGAGAACUGAUGUUUAACUGAAAAUGUAGGAUGUGGUCGCAUUGCUUCUCCUGAUCUUCAUUGUGAACAGUUGUUUGAAUCUCCUCUAAAUUGAAAGCACUGUGAUUAUAAUUAUUUUAGAAUAUCUUAUUUUUUGGCUGUUUUUAUUGGAGGUAGACACUGAGCAUAACAUGGAGUUCUAUAUUCACAACUGGGGGUCAAUUGUUGGCCGACUAAGAUGUUAGCACUGUGCUGCUUACACAAUAUUAUACUGAGUAUACCAAGUAUUAAGAACACCUUCCUAAUAAUGAGUUGCACCAUACCAUGUUCGAAGGCACUUAAAUGUUUUCUCUUUUCCACCAUCAAUGGCACACAUACACUAACCAUGUCUCACAACUUAAAAAUCCUGUUUCCUCCCCCUCAUCUAUACUGAUUGAAGUGGAUUUAACAAGUGACACCAAUAAGAUCUUGCACCUGGAUUCACCUGGUCAGUAUGUAAGGGAAAGAGCAGGUGUUCUUAAUGUUUUAUAUACUCAGUGUAUAUAACUGUUUCAUACAAGAUUGUUAUUGCCCAUUUAAGGCUGGAUAACAGUUGAUAUUUUAGGAGCAAAACUCCUUGACACAUCGCUUGUGCGUUUAACAUUAUAUGACACAUUUCAGAGACAGUCUUGCACUUUAAUCUAUUAUAGAUUAUUCUCGAGGAAUGAGUUGCAUUGUGGUUAAUCUAAAACACAGUAAGGAAUAAUAAACCGGUUGGUGUAUUAUG